UUAUGGCGGGGGGGCGCGGUUUAGGGCCGGGGCUCGGUCCCAUCGCGGUGCCGCUGCCUUCCGCGUCCCGGGGCCGAUCGGAUCCGAGCCGGGCCGGGCCGUGCCGAGCCGGGCCAUGGGGCAGAUCGAGUGGGCGAUGUGGGCCAACGAGCAGGCGCUGGCGGCCGGGCUCAUCAUGCUGACCGGCGGCAUCGUGGCGGUGGCGGGGCAGUUCAAGGGCUGGUACUUCGCCGUGUACGCCAUCGCUGCAGGCGUCUUCGUCUGCCUGCUCGAGUACCCCCGCAGCAAGCGCAAGAAGGGCUCCACCAUGGAGCGCUGCGGCCAGAAGUACAUGACGGCGGUGGUGAAGGUGUUCGGGCCCCUCACGAGGAAUUAUUACGUCCGAGCCGUCCUGCACGCUGCGCUCGCCGUCCCCGCCGGCUUCCUUCUCUCCACCAUCCUGGGCACCGUCUGCCUGGGCAUCGCGAGCGGCAUCUACCUGCUGGCGGCGGUGCGCGGCGAGGAGUGGAGACCCAUCGAGCAGAAGCCCCGGGAGCGGCCGCACGUGGGGGACACCAUCAAGCAGCCCCCCAGCAACCCCCCGCCCCGGCCCCCCGCCGACGCACGCAGGAAGCAGCCGGUGGAAGAGGGGGGCCAGGUGAACCCCAUCCCUGUGGAGGCCGAGUAACGCCGGGGGGGGGCUUCUGCUGCUUGUGGCCCCCUUUCCACCUAUACCCGCUUCCCUGCUGCGCCCCGGGGGCAACGGGGUGCCAGGGGGUCCCCAAAUCCCCGGGGGAUGCUCAGGUCCCCGUGGCCCCCCCGGUGCUCCCCGUAUCCCCAUGGAAGACCCAGCUCCCCCACCCCCCCCCCGGCCAUGCAGCCCCCACGGGGGCCGCCCACGGCUCACGCAGCUCCGCUCGCUGCACCGACUCCUGCCUUGGUUUCGUUUUUAACGUUUUUCCGAUCGCUUUUUGCAAUAAAAGGACCAAAAGGCCCC